AAUCCAAAACAAAUUUACCAAACCCAAUUCAACCUCACAUAAAAACCAAAAAAUAGAAGAAACCUUUCCUCACCUAACAAGCAAAACGAAAGAAAGAAAAGAAAACCCCAUUGCAGUCGAAUCAGAAAAAAUCAAAUUAAGAUAUAAAGAUCUCGUUUUUAUCUAAUUCCAAUUCAGCUCAAUUCAAUUCAAUUCAAUUAUCUGUGGCAAUGUCAGGUGUAUCACUGAAGUGUGGUGAUUGUGGAACUCUCUUCAAAUCUGUAGAAGAAGCACAGGAACACGCCGAAGUUUCUUCCCAUGCUAACUUCAAUGAGUCCAUUGAAGCCGUCCUUAAUCUCGUCUGCACCGCUUGUGGCAAGCCUUGUCGCUCCAAAACGGAGAGUGAUCUUCACACCAAAAGAACUGGGCACACUGAGUUUACGGACAAGACAGCAGAGGCAGUGAAGCCAAUCAGCUUGGAGGCGCCAAAGGCAAAGGCUGAUGAUGAUGAAGACAUGGAAGAGGGUGGUCAUGACAGUGGUACUGAAAUGGUUGUUCCUGAAGUAGACCAAAAUUUGCUAUCAGAACUCGAGACAAUGGGAUUUCCCAAAGCUAGGGCUAUCCGUGCACUCCACUUUUCUGGCAAUGCCAGCUUGGAGGCUGCUGUAAAUUGGGUUGUAGAGCAUGAAAGUGACCCAGACAUAGAUGAAACACCACUGGUACCUGCCAGUGCCAAGAAAGCUGAGGCUCCAAAGCCUUCUCUUACUCCAGAGGAAAUAAAGAAGAAACAAGAAGAGUUGAGGGAGCGUGCUCGUAAAAAGAAAGAAGAGGAAGAGAGACAAAGGGAAAGAGAGAGAGAAAAGGAAAGAAUUAGAAUUGGUAAGGAACUCUUGGAAGCAAAACGGAUGGAAGAAGAGAAUGAAAGAAAACGUAUAAUAGCAUUGCGCAAGGCCGAAAAAGCGGAAGAACAACGAGCUAGGGAGAAAAUUCGUCAGAAACUGGAAGAAGAUAAGGCCGAAAGAAGAAGGAAACUCGGUUUGCCAGCAGAAGAUCCUGCUCCCCCCAAACCUUCUACACCUGUUGUGGAGGAAAAAAAGAUCACAUUGCCUGUCAGACCAGCUACAAAGGCAGAGCGGAUGAGGGAGUGCCUGAGAACACUUAAACAGACCCACAAGGAUGAUGAGGCCAAAGUCAAGACCGCUUUCAACACACUGCUAACUUAUGCAAAGAAUGUCGCAACAAAUCCCAAUGAGGAGAAAUAUCGCAAAAUUAGGCUUAGCAAUGCUGCUUUUCAGGAUAGAAUUGGCAAGCUGCAAGGAGGCAUUGAGUUUCUUGAGCACUGUGGAUUUGAGAAAAUUGAAGGGGGUGAAUUCUUGUACCUGCCAAGAGAAAAGGUGGACAUGGCAGUUCUUAAUACUGCUGGAACUGAGUUGAACAAUGCAAUUAAAAAUCCCUUCUUUGGAGUCCUUUAAUCUUAUAAUACAUUAGUUUCAGGCAAAUACUGAAGGAUGCUUUGUCCAACUCUUCCUCCCUUAGUUUAUUCAAGGUACCUUAGUUAUAUAAACGGAAAACUGUAAAAGCUACUAUGAGGUUGAUAGAUGGAUGUUCCUUUUUGAAGGGAAGCCUUAGUGUAACUGGUAAAGUUGCUUCCAUGUGACCAGGAGAUCACGGGUUCGAGCCGUAGAAACAGCCUCUUGCAGAAAUGUAGGGUAAGACUGCGUACGACAGACACUUGUGGUCCGGUCCUUUCCCGGACCCCGCGCAUACCGGGAGCUUAGUACACCGGGCUGCCCUUUUUUCUUAACCUAUAAGUUGAAGGAUUAUGUUCAUUUUGAAACUUGACGUCCUUUUUGCAUGACUAAGAUAACAAUGGAAUAUAUGUAUGAUAAAUGUCAGGUUAAUGGUUGGAUGUAUUUCGUUUGUUUUUGAA